GGUUGGCUCGGUGGGGGUUGCGGGGGGGUGUCGCGGAUUGGUAGCGGCCGCGAGCUCUGCUGUGUGGAACGCGCCGGGUCCCGGAGCCGGCUGCCUGAGGGAUGGACGAAACGAGCCCACUAGUGUCCCCGGAGCGGACCCUUGCCCGGGACUUCACCUUCCCGUCGGGCUCGGGAGCUCACUUUCCGCAGGUACCCGGGGGCGCGGUCCGAGUGGCAGGGGCUGCAGGCUCAGUCCCCUCUCCCCCGAGCUCGCCGGGCCACGACCGGGAGCGGCAGCCACUGCUGGAUCGGGCCCGGGGCGCGGCGGCCCAAGGCCAGACUCAUACCGUGGCGGCGCAGGCCCAAGCCCUGGCCGCCCAGGCCGCGGCGGCGGCGCAUGCCGCGCAGGCCCACCGUGAGCGGAACGAGUUCCCGGAGGACCCUGAGUUCGAGACCGUGGUGCGUCAGGCGGAGCUGGCCAUGGAGCGGGGCAUCUUUCCUGAGCGCAUCUACCAAGGCUCCAGCGGAAGCUACUUCGUCAAGGACCUUCAAGGGAAGAUCAUUGCUGUCUUCAAACCCAAGAAUGAAGAGCCAUAUGGACAGCUUAAUCCUAAGUGGACCAAGUGGCUGCAGAAGCUGUGUUGUCCCUGUUGCUUUGGUCGUGACUGCCUUGUUCUCAAUCAGGGUUAUCUCUCAGAGGCAGGGGCCAGCCUGGUGGACCAAAAACUGGAACUCAACAUUGUACCCCGUACAAAGGUAGUAUACCUAGCCAGUGAGACCUUCAAUUAUAGUGCCAUUGAUCGAGUGAAGUCCAGGGGAAAGCGGCUUGCACUAGAGAAAGUGCCAAAAGUUGGGCAACGUUUCAACCGCAUCGGUCUACCACCAAAGGUUGGUUCAUUCCAACUCUUUGUUGAAAGCUACAAAGAUGCAGACUACUGGCUACGGCGUUUUGAAGCAGAACCUCUCCCUGAGAACACUAACCGGCAAUUACUGCUGCAGUUUGAGCGGUUGGUAGUACUGGAUUACAUCAUCCGCAACACUGAUCGAGGCAAUGACAACUGGCUGAUUAAAUAUGACUGUCCGAUGGAUAGUUCCAGCUCUCGGGACACUGACUGGGUGGUGGUGAAGGAGCCUGUUAUCAAGGUGGCUGCCAUAGAUAAUGGGCUGGCUUUCCCGCUGAAGCAUCCUGACUCCUGGAGGGCAUAUCCUUUUUACUGGGCCUGGUUGCCCCAGGCAAAAGUACCAUUCUCUCAGGAGAUCAAAGAUCUGAUUCUUCCAAAGAUAUCAGACCCUAACUUCGUCAAGGACUUGGAGGAGGACCUAUAUGAACUCUUCAAGAAAGAUCCUGGUUUUGACAGGGGCCAGUUCCAUAAGCAGAUUGCUGUUAUGCGAGGACAGAUCCUAAAUCUGACCCAGGCCCUGAAAGACAACAAGAGUCCCCUGCACCUCGUCCAGAUGCCACCUGUGAUUGUUGAGACGGCCCGUUCCCACCAGCGGUCUACUAGCGAGUCCUACACACAGAGCUUUCAAAGUCGGAAGCCCUUCUUUUCAUGGUGGUAGCCUGAGAGGCAGGCAAAGAAAAUAUCGUCUGAGACUGGUGGGAAGAAGCCUGGAGAGUGGGGUGCAAGAAAUGCCAGAGAGUAGGGCCAUUAAGAGCUCUUUCUCUCUGCUCACCACCCCCUCAGGGCUUUCCCACCCACAGGGAGAAGCACAAUCAGGGACAUUGAGUGCUCCUGGGCCCUUCUCAGUGCAGGAGGGAGUGAGAGCAUCUCCCUUCCAGCAUCUCCUGGUGGCAGGCUGGGAAAGUCCCUUCCCUUCCUGACACCCUGCUCUGUUGCAAUUCCCUAUUAUAUUCUGCAUCAGAAAACAAACAAACAAACAAAUCUUAAUGCUUGUAGCAGAACCCCAGGUCCUCUCAUGUCAGAAACUUUUAAUCCAGGCCUAAAUUUGCAUAGACCCAGAUAUUUGGGUGCCUUCCAGUUGCUCACUUCCAUGAACCAAGGCUGUGAUUUGCAGUGCUGGGACAGACAGAAGCCACACCUUUCCUUUGGGAUUUUUGCCAAGCCUUCUUCCCCUUCUCCUCCCAUCAGAGCUGUAGGCUGGCCACAAGCUUCCACACAGUUCUCAUGGCAGGGAGGCUUUUGCUCUAUACCUCUCAGCAGUUCUGUACAUGAUCAUACAGAACCUCUGUGCUCUCUGCCCUGUUGCAGUUUGCCUGUCACUGAAGCAGAGAGAGGAGGAGCGAGUCUUAGCAUUUAUAUUUCAAUAGGAAAUUGACUCCCAGCAUGUAAAAGUGAUCCACAUGGCCUAAGUUUAUGCCAGGAGCUAUAACUUGCUUCCUGAGUUCUUGGUCCAGUCCUCUAAUUUGUUCCUAUUGUUUUAAAUAUUUUUUUUUUCCCAACUCUCUUAACUUAGGAGUUCAGUUCAGGUUCUAGAGUUGGUCUCUGUGAGGGAUCUGGAGUAAGCUUGGCUCAGAAGAGGACAGGAUAAGAAGUCUUUGGACUUCUUUAUAUGCUACCACUGCUGCUUGGUGGCAAUAGGAUGUGUAUCCUGCCUCCUACUUGACGGCUUCCCUUUACUCCCCGACUUCUUGUUCUUAGCCGGUUUCUCCAUGGCUUCUUGAGAAAGAUAGGGCCCAAAGGAGACAGGCUGUCCCUCAGUGCCUGCCCAGUUCAGUGUGCAUCGUCUCGCUUCCGUUUGUCUUUCCCCUCAGCUUUUCCCCUUGCUAGGUAUUCAAGCCCUUUCUACACCAAAGCAAAGAAUGGCCUCAGGAGGGAGUAAAAAGGGUGCCAUAUGUGGCUAAGGGACCGCUGUGUUCACGCCUUAUGCUACUGGAUACUUAAAGGUUCUGGCACCUUGCGAUUGGUCAAUCAGCCUUGGAAAGAAACUAUCGUGAAGGUCUGACAAACAACCAAAGAAAGGGUGUGAGGACUGUGGCUGUGGGUCUUCUGCUUGCCUGGCUCCUGCUGUCCAAGAGGCAGAACAGAGAUGUGCAGCCCUUUUGUCAACUGGCCAGGUUGGUCCCCUUCUGGUCCAGCUGUUUGGAGCCAGCUUGUUUUGGGCUUCCACCCACCUGACAGGAGGAAUCUCUGAGAGCUGGAUGUGUAAGUCCUGUGGGCAAAGGCACAGCUCUCCCACCUGCGCCAGCCCUGACAAUCCCAUCCAGCUGACUUGGACUCUGGCUUUGGGAACCAUGUUUGAGAAUACACGGCUCCUGACUGCAGGAGCCAGAAGGGGACGCACGUGUGUGUAGCUUCACACAGACUUGUUGGUAAAGCUCCCUGCCUGGUAUUCAGGAGAGCCUGAGGAGUCUAAAGAGGAGCCUGGCUGCCUCACCCACUACGCCAAAUCUGCACAUUGUCCUGAUCCAGACCAGCUCUGUAAUCAGAAGGUAAAUUGGGUCCAAUGAAGAGGGAGCUGGUCCUGGGCCCUGGGGGCUAGAGUUCAGGGCAUCCUUUCCUGGCCUGUCUCUACUGUCUCUCAAAACCUGCCUGUGCUCAGGUUGCCUUGAAUGUAGACUUUGGGAGUGCCAGGAACUCAUGGAACGGCUGUCCCUCUGCCAGCCACAGGCCCUGUCCCUGGCAUCAGGGAAUAGCGGCUGGGCUGUGAGCGUGCUGCUGCCCUCUGUGUUGUCCUAAUGCACUGUAGAAAUUGUACGUAAUGUAUUUAAAUCAAUGCAAAUGUAUGAAUAACAAAUCCAAUUCUGACCCUU